AUGAUGAACCAGAAGGUUGAAAUGCAGGUUGAUCCGGAUGAGGAUACAGAGUGGAACGAUAUUCUCAGAAAACAUGGGGUCAUCCCUGAGAGACCCCCAUCUCCAACGGAACAACUGGAGGAGGCAUUACAAGAUGCGGUUGUCAAGCAGUGGGAUAAUAGACUGGAAGGAAAGGACCUUGAUGAGCUUGAAGCCUUGGAAGAUGAAGAGGAUGAGGACUUCCUGGAGGAGUACAAGCAGAAAAGAUUGAAAGAGCUGAGUGAUCUGUCCAAGGCAUCCCAGUAUGGAAGAGUUUAUCCGGUGACAAAGCCUGAGUACAAGACAGAAAUCACCGAUGCCUCCAAUGACACCUUUGUCCUUGUACAUUUGUCACUACAGUCAUCUCUUCAGUCGAGGUUGCUGAGCUCGUUGUGGUCCUCGUUGGCUGCAAAGUUCCCGGAGUUGAAAUUUGUCGAUAUUCCAGGCUCCAGAGCUAUCGAAAACUACCCAGACGCCAAUUGUCCAACGAUAUUAAUCUAUAGAAAUGGUGAUGUUGUGAAGCAACUCAUCACUCUGACACAAUUAGGUGGAAAUGCCACAAACUUGAAGGAUUUAGAGAAGGUUUUGGUGGACAUUGGCUCCGUCAAGGAUUCCGAUAAGAGACUGAUUAUCAACUCUGAAGACGAAGACCUCCAAGAAACGCAUAGACUGAGAUUCAUGAAGAAAUCACUCAGAUCAAACAAUGACGAUGACGACGACGAUGACUUCUUUGAUUAA